AUGGAACACCCAUCUACUUUGGAAUGUAUUCUUUCAAAUAUAUAUAACCCAAGGGCUGAAUUUUUAUUCUGGAAAGUUUAUAGGAAUAAAUAUUUAUUAAAAUAUAUUUUUCGUCAUAUAAAGUUAGUUGAUUGGAUUCAAUAUAAAAAUUUUAAUGAUAUUCAUUCAAAUAAUAAAGGAUUAUUAAAAAAUCUUCAUCAUUUACAAUUUUUUGUAAAAAGUAAACAAUACCAUCUUUUAAAAGAAAAAAUUGUUCGUGGUGAACAUAUAAAAUGUGACAAUAAUUCAAUCAUUGAUUUUUUCAAAGAUUUUGAACAUUAUUCAAACUGUUCAACCUCUUUAGAUAAAUCAGAAUCAGAUAAUAAUAAUAAUAAUAAUAAUAAUAAUAAUAAUAAUAAUUAUAAUAGUAAUAAUAAUAAUAAUAAUAAUAAUAAUAAUAAUAAUAAUAAUAAUAAUAAUAAUAAUAAUAAUAAUAAUAAUAAUAAUAAUAAUAAUAAUAAUAAUAAUAAUAAUAAUAAUAAUAAUAAUAAUAAUAAUAAUAAUAAUAAAGAAACAUUUGGGUUAUUAGUUACAAUUUUAAAUUUAUUUAUUAAAACAAAAAGAGAAGAAUUUGAAGUAUGUGACCUCACUUUUUUAGCUUCACAACAUUUACCAGUUUUUAAAAUUUUAAUUGAAAAUUCAUUCAUAGUUUAUCCAUCAGCUUUGGCAAAUGCAUUAAAAAAGGGUAAUUUAGAAAUUGUGAAAAUUAUUUUAAAAAUACAUCAAAAAUACUUGACUGGUGAUGGUAGUAAUGGUAACGUUUGUAUCUUUUCAAAAGAAUUAACUAAUCACUAUAUUGAAUUGGCAACAAAUAAUAAAAGGUGUACUUUUGAAUUGGUUGAAUUUAUUUUAAAUCAUCCUCAGUUUUUUAUAAUUCAAUUUCCUUUAAAUACAAACAAUGAUAAAGGAGCCAUUAAUAUUACAGAAGAAACAGAAGAAACAGAAGAAACAGAAGAAACAGAAGAAACAGAAGAAACAGAAGAAACAGAAGAAACAGAGGAACUAGAGGAAACAGAAGAAACAGAAGAAACAGAAGAGACAGAAGGAACAGAAGAGGUAGAAACAGAAAUUUAUGUAGAAACAUCACCAACAUCAAGUGAUCCGUAUUAUACAUUAAAAAGAGUUAAGGUUUCGUAUAAAAUAAAGGAUGACCCAAGAAUUAUUUCAGAUAUCUUUAUAGAUUUAUGUCAUAGAACUCAAAAUUUAAUCAUGGAUCAUAAUUUGGUUAAUUGGAAUCUAAAUUUUUCAAAUAAUGAAUUGUUUAUUGAAACCUUUCCAGAACCAAAUUUACAAUCAAUUACAGUUAGAUUAAAAAUAUACCAUAAAUAUGAACAAUAUGAUCCAGUCUUAAUAACAAAUACCAAUGAAAUAUUAAAUCGUAAUGAUUUAGAUGAUCAAACCAAAUUCAAAAACAUCUAUUGGGAAAUUGGUAAUAUUUUACCAAUGGAAAAUGAAUUUUAUGUUAGAUAUAAUAGAUUAUUUGGAGAAAUCUUUCAAAGUCCAAAUGUUACCCACACCGAAGAUCAAAUUUUUAAAUUCGAUUUUGAAAAAGCAAUUGGUAAUUGUGAUUUAGAAUUUUUAUAUGUUCUUCAUUCUUCAAAUAAAAAGAUAACUGAUGGCCUCUCUUUAGAUUUUAAUUUCUCACCAUCAGUAACAAAUAGUGAAAUUUUAAAUUUAUUAGAAUUCAUUAAUAAUCAACCAUUCAAUGUAUUUAAUUUGGUUAGCUGUUCAAAUUUUUAUCCAAGAUUAUUAAAAAAGGUUGAACCUUCACAAGUUAUACUUAAUAUUACCAAAGGUCAAUCAAAAGAAUUUCAACAUUUUUUUAAACAAUCAUUCUUAGCAAUAGAUUUUAAAAUGAUGGAAUUGUAUGCUUUAAAUUUUGAAAAAUUAUCUCAUUUUAUAUUAAAGCCAAACCUCAUCAAUUCAAUUAUUUCAAAUAAAAAUGAUUUAUUAGUACCAUUAAACAAUAUUAAAACAAUUGAAGUUUUACAAUUGUUCGAUAUUUUAUUUGAAAAAUUUUCAAAAUUAAAAAAUAAUUAUAAUAAUAAUAAUAAUAAUAAUAAUAAUAAUCUUAACUAUGGUAAUACUAGAGAAUUAAAUUCAAAAUCACAAAGAAAAAAAACUAAAAUUAUGUUUUUUGAAGAAAAUUUUAAAAUAUUAUCAAAUUAUCUUUAUUGUAUUUUAAUAAAAACAAAUAAUAUAACUCCAGAUCAACUAAAAAAUAUUCGUAAAUUAUUCAAAAAGCAUUCAAUAACAAUUGAACACAAUAUUUAUCAUUCAGUUAGAUAUUUACAAAUAAGAUCUCUCAAGCUUGCAUACUACUAUAAAACAAUCAAUUUAUUUCAAGAUAUUGUAACUAUAGAUUAUAAUUUAUUCAACUACAAAUUAAUUUUAGGUCAAAAUUCAGAACAUUAUUUCAAAAAUUCAUUUGAAGAAAUUAUUAUUAAACUAUUUCAACAAAUUGCCAUGAAAUCAAUAGAGAGUGUUCCAAACCAGUUAACAAAAGUUGAAGUUUUCAAUUUCAAUAUUGAAUUUUGUUUAUUAAUUGAUAGAGUUGACUUGAUGUGGAUUAUUUUAGAUUAUAUGGUCAGUUAUUCAUUUAAUACUGAAAGAGAAGAUUUUUCAUUAAUUUCUCGUUUUCAUAAUUCACCAUUUCAUUUAAUAAAAUCAACUAGUAGAUAUUAUGGAUCUGGUAAUACAAUACCUCCAAUACCAGAAGUCCCACAAUCAAAACUUGAUAAACUUUAUACCAUCAAACCGGGUUCCAAUGGUGAAUUCGAUCAAUUGACCUUCAAACCAAUUAAACUUGUCCAAGUUUUUACAUAUUAUGAAGCUAUAAUUGAAUUGGUUUGUAGGAAAAUGGAAUUAGAAGAUUUCAAAAGAUUUUUAGAAUUAAAUUUCUACAGACCAAACUUAAUAGAAUCAUUGUUUUUCUCAGCAACUUAUUAUAGUAGAUGGGAUUUAGCAGACUUUUUAAUUGAUAAUUUUCAUAUUAAUUUUAAGAGUUUCCCAAUUAAUAGAGGUAAUGAUAGUAGAGAAAUUAGUUAUAGUUUAGAAAUUGAAUAUAUGCUCACCAAAGCAAAGGAUUUAAUUAAAAGCAAUACAAUUAUAGAAAAUAAUUAUUUAAGUCAUUUAAUUAAAGCUGUAAAUUCAGUUUUAUUUGAUGAAUUUUUAGAUUGGUUUGCCCCUGCUAUAGAAAAUAAACAAUUUUAUCUUCUUUUAAUCAACCAAGAAUUCGACAAACUCUAUUCUAUUUUUGACGAAUAUUUUUCCCAUUUAACAUAUAAAAUUAUCCAAAAAGAUGACUCUGGACCAGAUUUUAGAAAGCCAUUUUUGGAUGACAAAAAAGAUCAAUUGGUUGAAAUUUUAAAAAAUCCUUUGCUCCAAUCAGUAAUUAAAGAUAGAUUAUCUUUAUUUUUUAAAAGAAAUAUAGCAAAGGGUUUAUUUACUUUAAAAACAAAUAUAUUUAAUAAAUCAUUCAUUAGGGGUGAUAUUAGAGCUUGCAACAUUAUCAAAAAUUCACUUCCAAAUAAUUUUUCAAUCACUAAAGAAUCAAUAACAAUUGCUAUUUCAAGAAAUUUCCUUCACAUUGUAAAAUACUUUUUUAGAAAAGAAAAUUGUAUUGGUUUAAACAAUAGUAUUGAAGAUGAUAUUGAAUUAAAAAAACACCUUUUAUCAACUUUAUCAAAACACUUUGAUUAUAAAAAUGAUUUAUUUUGGUUAUCAGGUAAUAAUAAUAACAAUAAUAAUGAUAGUGGAAGUAGUAAUGGUAAUAAUGAUGAAGUUUUAAGUAAAAAACAAAAAUUAAAAUAA